CGCUACUGACUGUAUAGCACGAGGAAGUGGGCGUCUCUGUCACAUUCAUCAGUUCAUGUUAAACAUGUAACCAGGAAAGAAACACUCAGAGCUCAUCUGAACACACAUCGAGAGCUUCAGAAGAACUGAAUCUACUAACAACAGAGAAGAUCAUUGAAUAAGAGAAGAAUGAAGAUCAUCUGGACUUUCACUCUGCUGAUGAUUCCUGGUGUUGUGAGCUCCAUCAGUGUGACAGGAUAUUCAGGAGGAGGAGUCAUCAUCACAUGCAGAUAUGAUAGAGAAUAUACAGACAAUGCAAAGUAUUUUUGUAGAGGACUUUGGACAACAACAUGCUCUGAUCUCAUCAAGACUGAAGAGAAAGAGAAAUGGGUUGAUAAAGGAAGAUUCUCUCUGUAUGACGACAUAAGUGCAGCAGUUUUCACUGUGACCAUCAGAGAUCUGAGUGAACAGGAUUCUGGGACGUACCAGUGUGGAGUUGAUAAAUCUGGACAAACAGAUUCCUACACUGAAGUGAAUCUGAAAGUUUUAACAGGUCAAAAAAUCAGUACAGUUACAGGAUUUUCAGGAGGAAACAUAAUUAUAAACUACAAAUAUGAGAACAAACCUAAGGAGUCUUUGAUAAACAUCUGUAAAAGUGGAGCAGACCAAUGUUUUAAACCAACAAGCACUAACAGAGCAGCAGAAUGGAAACAUGAUGGACGAUUCACCAUUCAUGAUUGCAGUUCUGCAGGUUUUUCGCGUUUGUUCAUUAAAGAGCUGAAUGUGAAUGAUUCUGGAGAAUAUAAAAUGGUUGAAGUUUCUGAAGACCACAGAUUUUUUUUUAAACUGAAUCUGAAUAUUGAGGAUGCUGAUUGUUGUGUGAAGAGCAUCAGUCUAUCAGCUGCUGCAGGAGGAUCUGUGAACAUCAGCUGCAAAUACCCACAAUCCCACAGUGCUGAUGUCAAGUUUGUCUGCAGGAGAUCUGGAUCUGAUCUCUGUGCUGAAGAGACGUCUGUGAAGGAGAACAGAAGAUGGAGCGCUGAGGGACAGAUCCAGCUGUAUGAUGACAGAGAGCAGCAGCUCCUGACGGGAACCAUCAGUCAUGUGACUCAACAACAUUCAGCUGAAUACUGGUGUGGAGUUCAGUCUGAUCAAGGACACAAGAGCUUCAUCACACGAGUCCUCAUCAGUGUUACUGAUAUUCCAAAAACACCUUUACCACCAUCAUCAUCAUCAUCAUCAUCAUCAUAUUCUUCAUCGUCGUCAUCAUUACCACCACCAUCAUCAUCAUCAUCACCACCACCAUUGUUAUCAUCAUCAGCAUCAUCAUCAUCAUCAUCAUCAUCUGCUUCUUCAUCUUCAUCAUCAGUCAGAAGUUCAUUGAGCACAGUAGUUUCUAAAUCGUCCCCAUCUAGUGUCACACCAGCAGGCUCGUCUCUGAUCAUUCCUCUGGUUCUUCUGGCUCUGAUCAUCACUGGUCUUUUAUUACUGUUUCUCUUUAAGAAGCAUCAGUCUCGAGGCAGUGGUUCGUCAUCUCGGGAAGGAGCAGAAAGACAUGUUUCUGACACUGGAUGUGAUUAUGAGAACAUUGAAGACACUCAGAAGCAAUUACCCACAAACCCCUCUGAUUCUCCUGACUGUGUUUACUCUAAAGCUACUGGUGACUCUCAGGUCGUCAUCACAUCUGUUAAUGAUCUGAAUUACACCGUGGUGAAUUUCCAGAAGAAAGCAGACUGUCCUGACAGUGUCAGUUUGAGGAAUAAUCAGGAUUUCAGUGAAUACGCUGCUGUCAAUCAUCACACUGCCUGACGAGCCACAGCAGAGAAUCUCAAUGAGCUGAAUGCUUUGUUUUAGUGUGUUCACUAAAUGUCACUGUCAAUUUCUAAUCUCUGAAUAAAUAUUUUGCUGAAAUCUCUCAAAUAAUCCUUUAAAGACAAAGUUGUAUUCUACUGUCCACGAGUCUUGCAUUUUCAUUUGAACACAUAUUACCAUCACUUUUAUUAUCUCUCUCUCUCAGAGGAAGUGGGCGUCUCGGUCACAUUCAUCAGUUCAUGUUAAACAUGUAAACAGGAAAGAAACACUCAGAGCUCAUCUGAACACACAUCGAGAGCUUCAGAAGAACUGAAUCUACUAACAACAGAGAAGAUCAUUGAAUAAGAGGAGAAUGAAGAUCAUCUGGACUUUCACUCUGCUGAUGAUUCCUGGUCAGUGGAGUACUAUUUGCUCUGAACUCAUCAAGACUGAAGAGAAAAAUAAAUGGGUUCAAUCUGAAAGAUUCUCUCUGUAUGAUGACACAAAUGCAGCAGUUUUCACUGUGACCAUCAGAGAUCUGAGUGAACAGGAUUCUGGGACGUACCAGUGUGGAGUUGUACUUUGAAUUCUACAUUGAAGUGAAUCUGAACGUUAUAACAGACUGGAGCAUCUAGAUUCAAUGUGAGGAUCAGCACACAGCUGAAGAGGAAGUGGGCUCAUAUUAAAGACGUGACCAGGAAACACUCAGAGCUCAUCUGAACACACAUCGAGAGCUUCAGAAGAACUGAAUCUACUAACAACAGAGAAGAUCAUUGAAUAAGAGAAGAAUGAAGAUCAUCUGGACUUUCACUCUGCUGAUGAUUCCUGGUGUUGUGAGCUCCAUCAGUGUGACAGGAUAUUCAGGAGGAGGAGUCAUCAUCACAUGCAGAUAUAAUAGAAAAUAUACAGCAAAUGUAAACUAUAUUUGUA